CCCAGGAAGAUGGUGGCCCUGACGGCGGAGCAAUUUUCCGCACUGCAGAGCCUGCUAAAGGCCUCUUCGAAAGAUGUUGUCAGACAACUGUGUCAAGAGGGCUUUUCCACUUCAGCCCUUGGCUCAAAAAAACUCUUGGAUAUUACGUGUUCCAACUUGUCUGUGACCCAGAAGGAAGCAGAGCAACUGCUUCAGGCUCUACACUGCCUCACUAGGCUGGUGGUAUUCCGUGACCUGUUCUCCGCCGAGGCGAUUCUGGCUCUCUUUCCAGAAAAUUUCCACCAAAACCUCAAAAAUCUGCUGACAAAAAUCAUCCUAGAACACGUAUUUACCUGGAGAACUGAAGCCCAAGCACAUCAGAUCUCUCUGCCACGCCUGGUCGACCUGGAUUGGAGAGUGGAUAUCAAAACCGCCUCAGACAGCAUCAGCCGCAUGGCCGUCCCCACCUGCUUGCUCCUGAUGAAGAUCCAGGAAGAUCCCAGUCCGUGUGGAGACAAACCCUCCACCUCUGCUGUCACCAUGGAGCUGAGCAAAGAAACUCUGGACACCAUGUUAGAUGGGCUGGGCCGCAUCAGAGACCAGCUUUCUGCUGUGGCCAGUAAAUGACAUGACCAACUAAUUGCCAGUACCCACCGCUGUGCCCCAGCUGCUUGUGAGCAAUGAAGCACCUCCCAGCGUGCAGGCUGCCCUUGAAGCUGUAGCUAACAGUAGGCAGGACACUGGUGAGCAGAAGCUCCCACCUUUGAAAGGCUGCUGUGUAUAACAUAAUUACCACCAAGGCACUGUG